AUGACAAAUGUUGUCAACAACACUCAAAACAUCUCCUCUACACCUAGUCCUCCUCCUUCUCUCACUACUAAUUCUUCUGGACUCAAAAAGAACACUACUACAACAAGAGUUGCUUCUCGGGGCAGCAGCGGUGCAAGUGGUGGAAAUGGUUCGCAAGCAUGUGCCGCGUGCAAAUAUCAACGGAGAAAAUGUGCGUCUGACUGUCCGUUAGCCCCUUAUUUCCCAGCCGAAAAGCAGAAGGAUUUUCUUAACGCCCACAAACUCUUCGGUGUUAGUAACAUAUUAAAGGUACUCAAAAACGUUGCGCCGUUUCAGAAGGAUAACGCGAUGAAAACAUUAAUAUUUGAGGCUAAUAUACGUGCUGAAGACCCUGUUGGAGGAUGUUAUCGAGUCAUCCUCAAUCUGCAUCGCCAAAUUAAUUUGUAUCAAGCGGAAUUGCAAUUUGUUUAUGGUGAAAUAUUCCGGGCCCAAGCGGCAGCUAUUCAAGAACAGCGAAAUAUCAAUGCGACAACUAAUAGUACAGUGAGUUUUGAUCUAUUACCGCUGCAUGACCUUUAUGAAUACAACAGAUCUAAUUCAAUUUAUAUUGGAGAAGGAUCAAGCAGUCAAAUAGUAAAAGGAAAAGAACUCGAAUGUUUCAGCAGUGAUGAAGAAUUUGAAACUAAAACAAUUAUGAGAGGUUCUAAUGGCAAACAAUCGUUUGCUGAACAUGAGGAUGUCAAGCCACAUUUUGGAAAUUUUCAUAAUUAUAAAGGCAAAGGAGCAGCAACAGAAUUAAGCGAUGACAAGGCUGAGACAAGUAAGAAUAGAGACAUUAAGGAGAGGGACAACUUUGAAGAAGUGGUAGAUAAUAGAUAUAUUGAGGAAAAAGUAGUGGAAAUUCAAGCUGCUAAGACCAAAGGGAAAAGUACAGGGAGAAGAGAAAGCAAAGAAGAAGAAGAAAUUCUCGAAAACAAUCAACUAGUUAAUAGAGAGCAUCAUGGUUCUGAUGAUGAAGUUGAGAUUCAGAAUAAGGAGAGGAAUAGUCAAACUGAGGGAUCAAGCCCAUCAAAGGAGCAACAAGAAAAUCCAAAGGAAAAUCAGACUCUUAAAAUUGUUGUAGUAAUCACCACUAGUGAUAAGGAGGAGAGUAGUACACAUGAUAUAAGUGUACUUAUCAAUCCUCCACUCAAGACUCAAAAUGUAUUUCAGAGUAUAGCUGAUGACACUAGGCAGUUUGAAGAGGAGGAAGAACAAGAGCAAAACACUGAGAAUACUAUAUCUGAAGAUAUUGUUCCAGGUCCAAACUAA